ACAACGAAGGAGAGAAGCCGGAGUCUUGUCUUGGUCGUAUUCAAGCUACAGGCGUGAACUUCACGUACCCCAGUCGGCCGGAUGUGCAGAUUCUGAACGACUACAACGUCACCAUUGAACCUGGUCAGACUGUCGCCUUUGUUGGUGCGAGUGGAGGUGGUAAGAGUACUCUCAUCUCGCUGCUUGAGCGCUUCUACGACCCUCAAGAAGGCUCUAUCUUGCUGGACGGACGAGAUGUCAAGACGUUGAACGUGAAAUGGCUACGGUCACAGAUCGGUCUCGUAUCGCAAGAGCCUGUGCUGUUCGCUACUACCAUCUUUGAGAACAUCGCAGCGGGUGGAAAUGAAAUCUCUCGUGACCAGGUGAUGGCAGCGGCAAAACUGGCCAACGCCCACAAUUUCAUCAUGUCGUUACCGGAACAGUACGAUACACUGGUAGGUGAGAAGGGAGUGUCAUUGUCGGGUGGUCAGAAGCAGCGUGUAGCUAUCGCUCGAGCGAUUGUGCGUGAACCAAAGAUUUUGGUACUGGAUGAAGCGACAAGUGCACUAGAUGCAGAGAGCGAGCGAGUGGUUCAGGCAGCUUUGAACGAUUUGAUGGACAAGACUCGCAUGACGACGCUGGUGAUCGCUCAUCGGUUGAGUACUGUUCGCCGCGCAGACAAGAUCGUCGUGGUGAAUGGUGGUCACGUAGUCGAGGAAGGAAACCACGAUGAGUUGGUGACAAUUGAGGAUGGAAUCUACAACAAGUUGUACACAAUCCAAGAAGAGAAAGCUCAAGAGGAGGCUGAAGCAGUGACAACAUCAGUCAACGAUGAAGACAUCCAACGGGGCCUACCACGACGUGUUAGUAGCCGUUCUGUUAACGAUGAUGCUGGCUUCACCAACUGCGAGGUUGAGUCUCAGGCAGCCGAAACUAUGUCCAAGUUCACAAUUUUCGACGCGAUCGCAUUCAGUCGUCCGGAACGGAAAACGUUUAUCGUUGGGAUCAUCGCGUCUGGCAUCUUGGGCUGCGCAUUACCUGUUUCAGCUGUGCUUAUCAGUGAGCUAGUGGCGUUGUACACAAUCCAAGAAGAGAAAGCUCAAGAGGAGGCUGAAGCAGUGACAACAUCAGUCAACGAUGAAGACAUCCAACGGGGCCUACCACGACGUGUUAGUAGCCGUUCUGUUAACGAUGAUGCUGGCUUCACCAACUGCGAGGUUGAGUCUCAGGCAGCCGAAACUAUGUCCAAGUUCACAAUUUUCGACGCGAUCGCAUUCAGUCGUCCGGAACGGAAAACGUUUAUCGUUGGGAUCAUCGCGUCUGGCAUCUUGGGCUGCGCAUUACCUGUUUCAGCUGUGCUUAUCAGUGAGCUAGUGGCGGUCAUGACUACCAAGUACAGCGAGUACCAGACUUCGCACGAUCAAUCUGCACUCGAUGAUCUCAAGCACGACGUGAUGGUGUAUGGCCUCUGCUACAUCGCUGGCGCGGUCGUGGUCUUUCUCAGCGCCUUCGUCCAGAACUACGCCUUCAAGUACAUGGCUGAAAAACUCACUUCUCGACUCCGGAACAUCCACUUCACUGCACUUUGUCGACAAAAUAUCGGAUUCUUUGAUGAGAAGAAGAACGCCACGGGUGCUUUAACUGCUGACCUGUCCACAAACGCAACGAAAGUCGCUCUUAUCUCCGGUGACUCGCAAGGUCGCGUCGUGCAAGUGAUCUUCACGUUUGCAGCCGCUCUUGUGGUCUCGUUCGCGUUCGGAAGCUGGUUAUUGACUCUGGUCAUGCUCGCAGUGUUCCCGUUCCUCAUCAUGGGCCAGGCUGCUCGUGGGAAGCACAUGAAGACUGCAGGAGGGUUAUCUGAUGAGCUUUCCGGUGUCGGUGCUCAAGCUUCAGAAGCGCUGAGUAACAUCCGUACAGUGGCUUCUCUGGGAUUAGAGGAAUCCCUUACCGGUAAACUCUCGGAUUUGCUUGAAGAGCCUUUGACUCGUGGACGUAGAGAAGCGCACGUGAAUGGCUUUGCGCUCGGGUUUGGAUCAUUCGUUCUCUUCGCAGCAUACGCGCUCGCAUUUUGGUACGGCGGAAAGCUGGUGGAUGACGGGGAUAUCACGUUCAAGGAGUUGAUGCGGACUCUUAUGGCUAUCAUGAUGUCCGCACAAGGCAUUGGUAUGGCGUCUACAUUCGUGGCCGACUCGGAUCACGCGUUGAAAGCUGGGAAGGCUAUUGUGAAUCUCCGAGAUCGAGAACCUCCCAUUGAUUCUUUCGAUGAGAAGGGACUUCGACCAGCUCAACUCGAAGGAAGAAUUGACUUCCAGAACGUCACUUUCAGAUACCCGACCAGACCAGAAAUUACAGUACUCAAGAACUACAACCUCACCAUUGAAGCUGGACAGACCGUCGCCUUCUGUGGACCCAGUGGUGGAGGCAAGAGCACGCCAAGUAUUGCUGGACGGGGUUGA